AUGUCGGCGAAUUACAUCCCUCGUGGACCAUUGCUGAUACUCGCAGUACUGAUUAUUGCUGUUUUUGUGCUUCGUUCUUUUUUCGGUGCUCCUAAAUUCGGGAGGAAAUAUAGUGCAGUUUUUGUUCACAAACCUGCUGGUCCAUCAGAAUCAAGAUGCUUACAUUUAAUAUUUGGUUUUCUCCGGACAAAAUGGCCGAAAGGAUGGAAGCACUGGGGAAAAUCGUGCAAGAUCUCAAACCUGAUAUUUUAACUUUUCAAGAAGUCACUCGCGUAAACUUAGGAUUACUCCGAAAACAGCCGUGGUUUUCUCGAUAUCACUUAACACCGCCUGAUGCUGAAAGACACCCUGGGUAUUUUGUAGUUAUUUUAAGCAGAUUUCCGAUCGAAAAAUGGCAGACCUACCCGUUUGAAGAUUCUCCAUAUCAGCGUGAACUUUUGACCGCAGAAAUCAAGUUCAAUUUGGCACCAAAGACACCGAAGUUUGUGAUUGCAACAACUCAUUUGGAGCAUUCUGGUAGAUUUUCCAAAUUGCGAGAAAAACAUCUAAAGGAGACCGUGAAAAUGCUUUCUACGUUUGGAAAUGUUUGUGUGAUGGGUGAUAUGAAUCUGGAACGUCAAUUUGAUGGUGAUGUCGUUCUUCCUGUGCAGUGGAUUGACGCGUGGCUUGCAAUUCCUGGACAUACAGACAGUAAUGGUUACACUUGGGACGAGCGGAGAAAUCCGUUCAUUGUGAGAGAGAGAGAAUCAACUUUGAAGGAUCGCCUGGAUCGUGUCUUUUGCAAACUAUCAGGCUUUAAAGUGAAAGAGGUAACAGUUGUGGAUGAUAGAAUGACAAAAUCUGGUGUCCUUCCAAGUGAUCAUUUUGGUAUUUUUACUGUUCUUGAAGCAUCAAAGAAAACCAGUUACAACAAAAAGAAUUCCCAGGCUGAAAAGGGGGUUUAUUUCAAGAGGCCACGAGGAUGGGAAGAGUUAAUUAAUCUGUAG